CUUGCACCGCCCCCUUUGGCUGGGGUCUCGCCGUCUCUGCUUCCCUGUGCUCAUUCGGCUCCCGACGGCCGCAGCGGAGACAGCGGAGCCUGCGGGAUGGCGGCGGGCGAGGGCGGGGCCGACUCGCUGCCCCCGCCCUCCUCCUCCUUGCCCGGGCCCCACCCGGGCCCCGAGCGCGCCCUGGAAGAAGCGGUGGCCUCGGGCAGCCUGAGCUUGGCGGGACGGCGCCUGAGGCACUUCCCCGGAGGAGCCGCUCGGCGCUGGGACCUCAGCGACACCACGCAAGCGGAUCUCUCGCGGAACCGCUUUGCCGAAGUGCCGGAAGACGCCUGCCACCUGAUGUCCCUGGAGGGGCUGAGCCUCUACCACAACUGCCUGCGUAGCCUCCCUCCGGCCAUGGCUAACCUCCAGGCCCUCACCCACCUCAACGUCAGCCGGAACCAGAUCUCCGCCCUACCUGCCUGCCUUUGCCACCUGCCCCUCAAGGUCCUCAUCGCCAGCAACAACAAGCUGUCUUCCCUCCCGGAGGACAUCGGCUCCCUUGGCAGCCUUCGCCAGCUGGAUGUCAGCAGCAACGAACUGCGGUCGCUCCCGGGAAGCAUGGGAGGCCUGGAGCGUCUUCGGGACCUCAACGUCCGCCGGAACCAGAUCACGGUCCUGCCUGAAGAGCUGGGGGAGCUCCCGCUGGUGCGGCUGGACUUCUCCUGCAACCUGGUCACUCGGCUCCCCGUCUGCUUCCGCCACUUGCGACACCUGCAGUGCCUCCUCCUGGAGAACAAUCCCCUGCAGUCCCCACCUGCUCAGGUCUGCCUGAAGGGCAAAAUCCACAUUUUCAAAUACCUCAACACGGAGGCCUGUGGCAAAGGCAGGCCGGGCUUGGCCGAGCUUGCCCAGGGACGCCCUGCCGCCUUUGGCACGUGCCUCCCGGAUGACUUCUAUCCGGCCCGGCAACACGGCGGCCUCGACUCCGGCUUCCACAGCGUGGACAGCGGCAGCAAGCGGUGGUCGGGGAACGAGUCCACCGACGAGUUCUCCGACCUCUCCUUCCGCAUCGCCGAGUUGGCCCGCGACCCCAAGCAGCUGCGGGAGAAGCGCGGAGGGGCAGGCGAUGCCGGAGAAGUGGAGCAGAUCGACUACAUCGACAGCAGCGUGAACGGGGAGGAAGAGGAAGAGGAGGAUUCGCUGGUGGAGGAAGAGGCGAUGGGGGGGCCCCCUCCAGCUGGGAGGGCCGGCAAGGCAUGGAGCGGCUUCCCAGGACUGGCGCCCCACGAGGAGCCCCAGAAACACACCAGGAUCCCCUCCCAGAGAGUGGGCGCUGGAGAGCCAGGGCUGAUGGCUGGCAGGGGCGGCAGUGGGGCCGGCUCCGCCAGGCCGGAGUUCUCAGCCGAGGAGCGCCGUCGCCCAGAACUCCUGCAGCUGUGGCAGGAAAGGGAGCGCCAGCAGCAGCAGCAGCAGCCGCCGCCCUCGCGGUGGACGGACAGGUGGGCGUCUGAGGCUCCCUGGCAGAGGCUUUGGAGCCCUCCGGCUGGGGGGAGCAGCAGCCUGGCCGAGAAGGGCGGUGGCCUCCCUCCUCCGAAGCAGCCCUGCGGCCAGGGAGCUGAACCUCCGGCUGGUUCCCCCAGGCACAGUCCCCGCUCUGCAGACCCUCCUCGGCUUUGCCAGAGCUCCACAGGGGCCAGCCUUGCCACCCCCCGCAAUGGCAGCGUGGCGCAGAGGCCUUCCAGCUUCCUCUUCCGCUCCUCCUCCCAGAAGGGCGUCCAGCGGAGCUUGGAUUCCCCGUCGCCUGAGCUCAGCAGCCCCGCCAGGUGCCGUACGGGGACCCAGGCCUCAGACGAGAGGCAGCUCCUUGCCCAGCUGCGCAAGGCCAUUGAGUCCCACCUGAACAUUACGCUGGCAGAGGACUUGGGCGAGGCCCUGGCCGACGGGGUCAUCCUUUGCCAGCUGGCAAACCGCCUGUGCCCACGCUCUGUGCCUUUCAUCCACGUGCCCUCGCCUGCUGUGCCGAAGCUGAACGCCGCCAAAAGCCGCAAGAACCUGCAGGGCUUCCUGGCCGCCUGCCGCCAGCUUGGGAUUCCGGAGGUGUCUCUCUGUGGUGCCCCAGACAUUGCCCUCCUCCUCCAAGGCAACGUCCGUGGCUUCCUGUGCCCACUGGAGGCCCUGCUGCUGCUGCUGCACCCAGCGGCCCCCCUCGCGCCUCCCGGCCACCUGGCCGGCUUUGCCGUCUUCUAUGCCUGCGUCAUGUUGCUGCUGUACUUUGCCUACUGCCAGCUGUGUGGCCUCUUCUUCUGCUGCUGCUGCUGAGCCCUCGGCCGCCCAGCCGAGCAGGACUGCCUGGCUGCCACAGCCGCCCUGUCCGCAGAGCCGGACGCUGCGUUCCCUGGUCAGAGACUCCGGCUCCAGGCAGGCCGCCCGUUGCUAGGAAGAUCAGCCCUCUGGUUUCAGACAUUGACCGGCUUCACUCACGUUCUGCAGGCAGCCAGAUGGGUUGGGGGCUGUCAAGAGGCCCCUUUCUCCAGUCAAUGCCUCCUGACACCCCCCGAAGUCCCCCCCAUUUCAGGCCCCCCACAGCCCUCCCGGCCACGCCUGUGCCUUCUCCCCAGAACCUGCCCUGUGCCCCUUCGGCUCCCCUUCCCAAGUGCCUCCAUGGGCAGGAUGGCCCUGCUGUGCCCCCCCGCCUGGCGACACAGAGGCCUCCGCCUGCUUUGGGCCCGCAGGAAUCAAGCCGCUUGGAGCACAGCAGCUCUGGGUUGUCCAGUCCCAGUGUGGCCGCUCCGGUCCUCUGCCCGGAGCCCUUUUGUAGCUUUAGCAAGGGGCCCUUCUGGGCUGUGUUGCCCUCUGGAAAGAGGGCCUGCCUGCCUGCCUGGCUACUGGCUGGGCCCUGAAGAGCCUGUGGGCUCUUGGCAGGUGGGCCAUGUUCCUUCAAGGGCCCCAACCUCCUGGGAGAGCCUGGCACUCGCUUGGCACAACAGCCGCCUGACCCUGGGGCACCCCGGGGCCCCCCGACUGGGACCUUCCCUGGAUGAAGGCGGGAGGGAGGGAGGAGCCCCCAGCCUCGGCACCCCCAGCUCCUUUGCUGUGCCAGCCCAGUGGAAAUGCCUUAAGCCCCCCCCAACCCCUUCAAUGACGCCCCCCCCCCCACCUGCUGCCUUAAAGGUGUGAAAACUAUAUUUUAUACAAACACGCACACACGCAUAUAUAUAUAUAUCUGGAGACUGGAGGUGAAGGGGAGGCUGGGAGGAAGGUCUGUGUUUUUAACCGCUUGUACCAUAUUGUAAAUAUCUAUUUAUCCCCCCCCCAAAAAAAAAA